AUGAAGCUGCUUAAGAAGCAGAUCAAUGAGAAGGAUGGCGCCGGCUCAGUCGUGUUGCGUGCGGAGGAGCCCGAAGAUAUGUGGCAUAUUUAUAAUCUAGUUCAUGUGAAUGACUCAGUCAAAACUACGACAAUUCGCAAGGUGGUAAAAGAAGGUGUAACGGGAUCUACGAGUAGCCAACGCGUGCGUAUGACGCUGCAGAUUGAAGUAGAGCACUUGAACUUUGAUCCAGUGCUUUGUGUUCUACGAAUCAAGGGCAAAAAUGUCAUGGAAAGUCAAUACGUUCGGAUGGGAGCUUAUCACACGUUGGAUCUCGAAAUGAACCGUGAUUUCACAUUGACAAAGAACUGCUGGGAUGUCAUGUCACUGGAACGUAUUGAUAUGGCAUGUGAUAUUGCCAAGAAAGCUGAGCUUGCAGCUGUGGUCAUGCAAGUCGGUCUUGCACACUUGUGCUUAAUAAAAGGUGAUAUGACUGUCAUUCGAGCCAAGGUUGAGACAAGUGUACCGAAAAAACGCCCGGGGAGUUCGGCUCAUGCGAAGGGCAGUGAGAAGUUUUACGAAAACAUUGUGCGUUCUGUUCGACAGCAUAUUGACUUCAAGCUCGUAAAGUGCGUGCUGCUUGCUAGUCCAGGUUUCGUCAAAGACGACUUUUUCAAGUACAUGAUUGAGCAGGCCGUUCGACAGGAUGAUAAGCUCAUUCUUGAAAACAAGUUCAAGUUUAUACUGUGUCAUUCCUCCUCUGGCCACAAGCACGCGCUUGACGAGGUUCUCAAUGAUCCAGCAAUCCAGUCACAGGUUGCGGAUACCAAAGCUGUGGAAGAUGUUAAGUGCCUGGAGCGCUUUUUCAAUACGCUGCACACCGACCAGGAUCGCGCGUACUAUGGUUACAACCACGUUGUGCGUGCCAAUGCAAACAUGGCUAUUGAGACACUUAUGAUCACAGACACUCUUUUUCGGUCGCAGGAUGUUGCCACACGUCGAAAAUAUGUUGACCUCGUGGAAAGCGUACGCGAUAAUGGUGGCACAGUGCGUCUAUUCAGUAGUUUACACGUGUCAGGAGAGAAGUUAAGUCAAGUGAGUGGUCUUGCUGCCAUUCUGCGUUUUCCGAUGCCUGAAAUUGAUGAAGAGGAUCCAGUCGACGAUUCCGAUUGUGAGGCUGAAGACGAAAACAAAGGCGACAAUGGGGUGGGUGAUCUUUCAGUUGAAGCUUUGGAGAUGUAG